AUGGGAUUCUCCAAACUAAUCCCCUGGGCACUCCGGGGAGUGCCAUCUUCAGCCAAGGAGCAAAGUGACACUCGUGCCAGGAGUGAGGUGGUUCAGUAUCCCCCAUUGAGAACCAGACGGGCUGCCAAACCAGUCAACGCUAGCCAGGUGGAUACUGAAUGCUUGGCUAUUCCCGAGAAUCCAUUCAUCAAGGAAGCAGCAUCAGUUGUGCAGGCUAGAGGAAGGAGCGGGCGCACUUGCUCUGGCCCUUUGGGGAACGAUAUGGCGACAUCAGGGAACGCAGAGGGUUUGCGCGAGGAUGAGAUGACCAAGGAAAUUCAGUCUCUUCGGCGGCGACUCGAGAAGCAGACUACGCAAUUUAAGGCAUUCAAUGAUGAAAUCAAGCAAGAAUAUCGACUAUUACUUCAAUCACAUCAGAAGAUGGAAAAGCAGCACUCAGCAGACAGAGAAGAGAUCCAAAAACUUACUUGCCAGCUGAAUAAAGCACACGAAGAAUACGAAGAGGUGAGAAAGAGCCAACUAGCAGACAGAGCAAGGAUUCAACAGCAAGAUCAACUACUGCAGCAAGCGCGUGAGGAAGCAUCGAGCAGUACCAAACGGCAUCAGGAGGAGCUAAAUAUACUCUAUAAUAAGCUCAGCGCCUUGCAGAAUGAACAGCCAAGCCUGGGAGAUGAUCAAAUAGUUGAGAUCAUGCGCAGUCUGAACCAGAAUCUGGAUCGUUGGGUCAAGGUCAACUUUAAAGAUACUACGAAGCUGGAGUCGUGGACUGUUCCACACAGCUCCCCUCAGCGAUGGGCCUAUAUUCAAUCCUUUGUCUCCAGCUUAAUCUAUUCCUGGAUAUUCUUGCCUUAUCAGUUUGGAUUAAACGAUGAUCCAUAUGGGCGUGUCCUCUCCACAGUGGAAGCAUGUGUUAAAGAACAUUGCUCAGAUGCAGUGCUCAAUACUUGGGGGAUUGCUACCAGCAUGGCCAUAGAAGGGGGUACAAGGGAUAACCGCGAGAAUAUACUCAUUGAUAUUGUCAAGACGGUCGAGGAUCAGUUCGGUGCUCAUAGCUCCACCAACGAAGAAUCCCGCAGGCGACAGCUUAUCAAGCUGCUGCGGAAAUGUGCAGAUUACAAGAUUUCCCUGACCCGACAGAAACAAGCAUUCUUCUUUCGCUGCAGCCCAGUCGGGGCUCAGUUUUGCCCGGAGCUCAUGACAUUUGGUGGAGGCGACGGACAGCCAGCGGACAAGGUGAGAUGGUCGCUGUGGCCAGCCAUCAUGAAGUGGCAUCCUGAUACUGGCGGGGAUGUUCUAGAAGCAGAAUUGGUGUGGACUAUGGAGUGA